AUGCUGAGAAAUACGCUGCAACUGGUUUUAAUUAUGGCUAUUCUGCCACUAAUUGCUUUGGCCAGCGAUCCUGAAGAUGGUCUGCAUAAAUACCGUGCUUCUCCAAAGCUCACGGGCCCUGUGAAGCUUCUCCACGAUCCGGAGGAUUCCAUUCUGAAUACCUUGGACGUGGCACUGGAGAAGAUUUCAACGAUCUAUAUGCAGGCAUUGUUCGCUGGUACCCACACCCCGGAAUUAGAAGCUCCACUGAGAGCCCUCGAAAUGGAGCUCUUCGAUUUGUUGGACCAACUCUAUAAGCAGAACCGUCUUAAGGACUAUAUGAAGUACGAGGCGGAAGUGACGCGACAAAUGAUAAUCUACAACAUGCUCAAGAGAUUGUUUGGCUACACUCAGGAUAUUGUGGAAGUUGAAGCUGAAAAUAUCUAA